AUGCCAUUCACAAAUUCUACAACCAUUAAUGACGAAGAGAUUAAUGCUGAAGGUUCAAAUAGAGCGCAUAUUGUAGCCAUCGCUGUCGCUUCCGCAGUACGAGAAGCAAGCCAGCAAGAUUGGAACUCAGCUUGCCGUUCAAUACUCGAAAAUAAAUCACUUACAGUAUCAGAAAAGAAUUGUAUUAUAUCGCUCUUACAAGACAAACAAAUGUCGAUAU